GCCUCGAGCUAACUCAUGCUAACCCACGUAGCAAAGCAGCAGCGACUCUCACUCAGUUACUUUACUAUGAGUUUACGGAGGGUUUCACUUUCCUCGUGCAGGUCAGAGCUUGUCAGAUGAACUUUGACAUCCCGAGGGCUAAAAAUACACAGUCACCGAGUUAGAGCUGCUGUGGCUAAUGUUAGCUGACGUUUGCUAACUGCAGCUAACGAUAGCAGGCAGCUGUAGCAGCAGCUGCUAGUGUGGGCACCACUGUGAAAAUGGCUGAGGCAGUUGCAAACGUGGCCCGGAGGAUUAAUGCAACGGUAGAGGAGGGGAAAGAUAACUUGGAUCUGUCAAACUGCAAGCUCAUUUCUUUCCCAGACGGUGUGUUCAAGGUCCUGAGGAAUGUGUCCGAUAACAUCCGCGUUGUCACGUUGGCUGACAAUGAGAUGAAGGCCAUUUCCAGCAAGUUCUUCUCAACCUUCACUCAGCUCAGAGAGCUGGACUUGCACGGUAAUGUCCUCACCAAACUGCCUGACACCGUGGGAGAAAUGGUGCAUUUGACCAGCAUCAAUCUGGCCAAUAACAGCUUCUCCGCCUUCCCUGAUAAGCUCACUGAGAUAGUCACACUGGAGAGGAUUAACCUGGAGGGAAACAGCAUCACUGAAAUUCCUUUGGAGAAGUUGUACAACAUGCCGGCACUAAAGUGGCUGAACAUGAAGUCAAACCCUCUGGACUCAAACACUCAGUCUGUCCUGCAGUCUCCACAUAAGUUUGACAUUUUGUGCACAACAGAGUCAGAGAAAUGAGAGAUGAUUCUGUAAACCACAUUUAGACUGCAUGCUGUGUGCCUCUAAUUACUUCAGUGGGAUGCCUCCGUGUGCCUGAGAGAUGAGAAACAAAUAAAACUUGAAGGCAUCACAAUGCUGUACAAGAAAGAAGAAAACAAAGGUGUGUAAGGAUGGAAUCCUCAGCUCUCGAGUGUGGCGUUUACUUUGUCCUCUCUGAACCAGAAAGGGUUGAGAUGAUCAUUAUGCACCAUUUGAUCUUUGCUCUCAUUUGAGAUACUUGCAAUUAUUUAUUACUUUUGAUAGUAUGAACGUUUUCAAUUAAAGCCUUUAAACAAGAAACUA